AUGCUGGACUCUGUGAGGAAUGCUUUCCACGCCCAGCUAGCCACCGUCAUGGACUCUCUGCUGGCGGCAGCGGUGUGUGAGAUAGCAAAGAUCUUCGAGAGCAGUCUGUGUGAGCAGCAGGAAGAGCUAAUGCAGAGAGGAGAGAAGAUCACAGCCCUGAGGGAGAGGCUGGAGCAGGCAGAGAGGAGGUUGAAGAAGGAAGGAGAUGGAGGAGAUGGCCUACUAGAUGUGAUAGAAGGACCAGAAAGGAAAAUAUUAGAUGACAGCCCUAGGCAGCAGUCUGAACCUAGAGCUGGUAAGAGAAUCGGAUGCGUCUCGUCUCCUCUUGUACUGAUUUUAGGAAAAUGUAUUUUGAAACUAACCCUAAACUACUGUCUGUCUGUCCUGCUCCGUCUGUGCAGGUUCAAGCUGGGAGUCGGAUGUCGCCACCUCUGAGACCUCCCCACUGGUCCAGGACAGGGGGUGUAAGAAGCCCCCCAGGAUGAAAAAGGAGGAGACAGAGCUGGAGGGGACUUCCAUCAAAGAAGAGGUCAGUCACAGUCAUUCUCUAACACGAUAAGAAUGUCUGUCUUUCAGUCUUCUUACUGAGAUAGUCAUGUUGAGUUGUUUUCAAUGAUGAACUAAUUCGAAGGCUUUUAACACUGCUCUGACGCUGGCCCCCACAUUAACGUUUUAUUUUCUCCCUUCAGCUUAAACAUUGCCCUCUUCCACAGUUUGAAGAGCCCCACCCUGCCCAUGUGGAGGGGAAGGGCCAAGGGCCAGGGGGGAGCUGUGCUGCUGGGGGCCAGAGGCUGGGAGACCCCCUGUCUGACACACCAGGGACCAAGGCAAAGUGUAAGGACUUUUAACCCUUAACCAAUCAAUCCACACAUUUUGUGCUUUAGAUCAAGUGAACCUCUGUUGCAUUGGGCUUGUGUCUGCAUAUGUGGAGUAAUUGUAGAUUUCAUUAUUGUAGAGUUGUUGGUUUGUAUGUUUUGUCCUCCAUUCUUGAUGUUUCUUUAAAUAUCUCUGUUCCUAUCUCUUGCUAGUAUCCCAUUGGGAGGGAGACCAUAGACCUCUUCAGAGCCAGAGCUCCACUUCCUUCUUCCAAGAUCCCCGGGUUGGAAAUGUUUCCCCCAGACCCGACCACAGGUCUCCUGGGCUUGACCCCUGGGCGAGUGGGGUUCCUCUAGACCUUCAGGAUCCCAGCUUCCUGGACCAGAGCCCAGACCAGGUACUAGAGCAGAGAGAGCCCCGACAGUCACAGGACCAAACCAACCAAUCCCAGAUAGGCCUGAGACCAAGAGACGACAGAGGGAGGGGCCUAGUUCAUCAGAACCGCUGGUCAUUGGCUUCCAAGGACCCAAUCAGACCACACCCCAACACACACACACACGCUCACAAACAUGCACACGGUCACGCACACACACUUGGCGGGGCAAGACCCUACACCUGCCCGUACUGCGGCAAGAGCUUCAGCUACCCGUCCCACCAGCGCAGGCACCUGCUGCGCCACACGGGGGUGAGGAUGUACCCCUGCUUGGUGUGUGACAAGAGCUUCCUGACUCCGUCAGAGCUCACGGUGCACACCCGCGUCCACACAGGGGAGAGGCCAUUUGGCUGCACCCAGUGUGGGAAGCGUUUUGCCCGCAGCGGGAACCUCCGGGCCCACCAGAGAGAUGUCCACCUGGGGAAGAGACCCUUCGUCUGCCAGGAGUGUGGCAAGAGGUUCGCCCACAGGGGCAACCUGAGGGUGCACCACCAGAGGGUACACCAGGGCCUGCCAUACCAUGAGGAUGAGUACGACCAGGAUGGCAACGCUCUCCCCUCUACUGGGUAAAGGGGCAGGAUAACAGGGUCACAUUCAGUAGGAGCUAAUGAGAGAAUAUAUUUUAAGAUGGAAAAUGAAAAUGAGUGUUCUUAUUUAGCAUUUUUGUCUUAUGUGAAUUAAGCCUGCCUGUAACUCUCUUUGCAUUUUGAACGAAUGUCCCAUAGGAAUGACUUUACCUGUCGAGAGACAAUGUUGAAGAGACAGGAAAUUGAGAGACAGAGAAAGAAAAGCAGCACUCCCUACAAAGAGGAAGAGAGGGGGUUACAUCAUUUCAAAGGUUGGCCUGCCCGUAGUUGUUUUUAUACUGAGAGGAACGGUGCUUCAUUUUCUUUUUGCCCUUUAGUUACUGUACAUGGUUGUGUAUGUUAGCAAAAGUGAUACAAGUAGAAGCUGAUUAUGUUUCAUACGAUAGCAUAACAUUCCCUAUUUUGUCUCAAUGCUGUUCAUCCUCCAUGUGUACUGUUCAUAUAAAGUAAUUAACCUAAAUAAAACAAGGUGUAUUCAUGGUC